AUGCUUGAUAAAGUUGCUAUCGUCACCGGUGCUAACAAGGGCAUUGGUUUUUCUAUAGUCAAGGAGCUAUGUAGACGGGGUGUAAAAACCGUAUACCUAACCGCCCGAGAUGUCAAACGGGGCACAGACGCGGUAAACAGCCUGAAGAACGAAGGGUUUAACCCGCUGUUCCAUCAACUAGAAGUCACAGAUAAAAAGAGCGUGCAAGCUUUCGCAGAUCAUAUAAAACAAAACCAUAAGGGUAUAGAUAUACUCAUCAACAACGCAGCGGUCAUCAGCGAAUUUAAUAAAAUAACAUACGAAGAUGCGCACAACGUGAUCAAUGUCAAUUUUAAUAGCAUUCUCAUUAUAGAAGAGUACUUGUUUCCACUGUUAAAUGAUAACGCUCGAGUAAUAAACGUUUCAAGUGAUUGUGGACAUUUAUCUAAUCUAAAAAAUGCGUUCUGGAUUGAAAAGUUAAUUAGCGAAGAUGCGACGUUGGAUGAUGUGAAAGGAUUCACCAAUUGGUUCCUAGAUAAUGUUAAGAAUGGAACGUUUAAUGCUGAUGACUUUACCAUCACCUACCUACGUCCGUAUGUCGUGUCUAAGAUAGCUCUGAGUGCAUACACGAGAAUUCAACAGAGGAACAUAGGUAGAGGUAUUUGCAUCAAUUCCAUACAUCCAGGUUUCGUUAUUACGUCAAUGACGAAGGAGACUGGUAUGAUGACAGCUGCUGAGGCUAGUGAAGCUCCAGUUUAUUUGGCCUUGGACGCAGAUGAGAAGAUUAAAGGCAAAUACAUUUGGUUCGACAAGACAGAAAAGGAUUGGACAGACAUUAAUUUCAAAUAUACUUAUGAUGAUCCCAACGUUGUUAACGAUUUUUUUAAAAAGAUGUCGGAUUGA